CGCCUGCCCCCUCCUCCUGCAAGGCGGGGCCGGGCGGAGCGAGCAGCCGAGUCCAACCGACCCCAGCCUGGCGCGCGUGCGCCGCCUACUCUAGUCUGGAGCUGAGGGGCGAGCGGGAGGCCGGCGGCAGUUAAUAAAUAAGAACAACAAUGGCAGAUAUAAAAGAUGGACUGCAAUCAGGUCAAGAUGAGACAGAUGCAAAAUCUCUCUUUGGUUCCCAAGGAAAGAGCCUGCCUGUUAGUAAAUCCAUGGACUCUGGAAUACAGCCAGAUGAGAGUUACAAAAUGGAUUAUCCAGAAAUUGGGAUAUGUAUAAUAAUAAAUAAUAAGAACUUCCUGCCAGCCACUGGAAUGUCAUUCCGAUCUGGUACUGAUGCAGAUGCUGCACACAUCAGAGAUACUUUUAUGACUUUGGGAUAUAAAGUCAACCUUCACAAUGAUCGUACAGGGAAGCAAAUGUUUGACAUCUUGCAAAAUGUUGCUAAAGAUGAUCACAGCAAUCGAAGUAGUUUUGUUUGUGUUGUGUUAAGUCAUGGUGAAGAUGGAUUAAUCUAUGGUACAGAUGGUCCUUUUGAACUGAAAAUAUUAACAGGCCUGUUCAGAGGAGACAGAUGUAAGAGUCUUGUGGGAAAGCCAAAACUCUUCUUCUUUCAGGCUUGUAGAGGGACAGAAUUAGAUUCUGGUGUUGAAACAGACAGUAGCUCAGAGGAAAAUACAUGUCAGAAAAUGCCUGUAGAAGCAGACUUCCUAUAUGCAUAUUCUACUGUUCCGGAUUGCAGAGACAAGUCCAGCACCAUUUGUGGAAGUGAAAGGGCCCCAUAUUGUCCUGCCGAUGUGCCUGAAAUCUCUUCUAAGGAAACACCAAAAGCCUGAGUCUCCUUUUAUUUACAAUGGUGUAAGUCAACCAAAGUCAAUGACUUACACUGGGGUAAAACUGAUGUAAGAGAAGUCAGUCCCAAGUUUUUCUCCAUUACAAGUGGGGAAAUUAACUGCACCAAUGUCAUUAACAAAUAAUGUACAUACCUAACUGUUAAUCAGGAAUCUGACAGCUGUUCCAUUAUAUUGAAAAGUGAGGUCCAAUGACUAUUCCUAUGGAGCUUCUGACAAUAUCCAUACAUGCAGGUCAUAUCAUCAGGGCUGUCUGAAAAUGCAGCUCACAAGACUAAUUCAGAUUAUGAAGAAAACUUGAUAUUGCAUCAUGAUUAAAUAAAGUAAAUAUAGGCGACUACUUACAUGGCACUGUUGAUAGAUAUUAGUUAGUAUUGAUGAAACAAGAAUUACAAUACUCUUAUAAUUAAUCUCCCUUCUCACUAUAAUGUUUUUGCCCUGUAAUGAAAAUUCUUAAAAUAAUUUCUCAUCUACUGAUUUCCGGACACUCCAUCAAGUUAAAACAGCUUUGAUAUAUAGAGCUUAGUAAGAUACAAUGCACUAGCCUGGGAACCAGUUCUAAUAAGGUACUUCUACACUAGUGACAGUACACGUGUCACCAUGCAUAGUAGUGCCAUAACUCCUACUGUCCAUAUAUCUAAACCCCUGAAGCACAUGUCUGAAGGUGAGUAGAAGGCAAAAAACAAAAAACAAAACAAGCACGCAUGCCUGAGGGGUAUGGGUAUGUACAUGCCUUGGGAUGUGAUAUGACCCCCUUUCCCAUGCUACUGUACAGUGUGGACAGGGGAAAAUGGUAUGUACCAGGUCCCAUGUUUCAAUAACCCGUCAGCCUCAGUCCCACAAUACAGUGACCCCUUUCCCACCUGACCUUUAUCCAGUCUAUAAAGGUCCAUGCCCCUCUGUUAUCAUUACUAGUAGGGAACUGAGCUGACCAUUGGAGAACAGUUUUCCACUGCUCUCCUUUGAUUAGUACUGGUGAACAUGGAUCAUGUUCUGAGAACAGUUGUCUGGCCUGCUGACCACACCCAGGUUCUACUCGAUGUGUGGUAGGAGUACACUGUCCUCCAUGACUUCUCCUGCAGCUGCAGGAAACAUUCACCUAUGCUGGGAAAUUUCAUAGUUGCUGAAGGAGGCAGGUGCUCACCAGACUCUGGCCCAGUGCUGGGAAUGGAUGACAUACCUGAAACUCCUGUACUGGAGGGCAAAAGACUCCACAAGCCUCUCUAGGAGGGAUCCUCAUAUGUGCCCAAUUUAUGACAAGCUGGACCAAGUAUUGUCCAGGGCUCCCAGUAUAGAACCCAUUCAUGACCCCCUUCUCAGCCCUGUCAGACAAUGCCAGGGCAAAGAGGCAGCAUGUAAUACAGAGGAAGUCCUGCAGGAAGAGGAGCAUGUCAUUUUUCACCUCUACCCAGAGAAGCUGGAUUAGCAACCCCCCAUGAUGAGCUCAAGAAGGACCCAGAGCCACAGGAGGAACUAGCACCCAAAGCUGGUAUGUUAUAAUGGACCCUGAUUUUAAGCCCAGCCCCGACUCCGCACUACCCUGAAAUGGUCCCAGAAGAAGACAAGGCUGUAAAUCAAUGAUUUUAUUUAAUUCCCAUGAACCUCUGCUAUGCCUUUGGUAGAAGCUAUAAAACAGAUCAUUAAUGAAGAAUCAUUGUUCCCAUGUGUCUGUGCAUUUCUUGACCAGCACGCUGUCAGUGAUGGUCUGGGGGCUGCCUGGACCAGGAGAAAAGGAGGGGGUGGGUUUGGAAAGGGCCUGGUUGGGGAUAUAGGAGAAUUGUAGAAAACUUUCAUGGUUGUUGAGAGUUACAGCUGUCUUUCACUCCUUUUAAGAUUACAGAAAGUUUUCGUGAUUUUCCCAGAUUAACCUUCUACCUCCACUUCCAUUUUACCAUCCCCUUACAAAUGGGAGCUGCAUGGAAGGGGUGGGGUUAGGUGCAGGGCUAGUUAGGUACAGGAAGGGAAAGGGAAUCCUUUGGUUGUCCCAGGAACAUAAAAUCUCCUUUUCAAGAUUAAAAUGUUUUUUUUAAUGUUCCCAGUCCCUGGUAUCUGGCUUCUUCCUACUCUGAGCCAUGCUGCAAAAGCCUGGAAAGCAUGGGUGAGUGAAGGAUCUGUUCUGAAGGUUGCAUAAACACAGUGCAAUGGAGAGGACCUUCGGCUGCCAAGAGGGAAACCAUUCCACCAGGAUGGCAGGAGCAGCACCCCAGAGACAGCAUAGCCAGACAGAAAAAGCACCUGGAGGAUCUUCUGAUUGGCAUGGAUAGGAGGAACCAGGAGCAGUUUGAGUUCCUCCGGGCACGGGAGGAUCAGGGUCUUCAGCAGGAAGAGGCACUGUUGAACUGUUCCUGGAGCAGAAGUUUUAAAAGAGCAAAACUCCAAUGUGGAAACUACAGUACCCAAACCACCAAAAAA